AUGGCACCUUCCAACCAGCUUCUCCAGCUUGCCGAAAUCAUCUCCGAGAAAACGAGAGUCAUCACGGAUUUCCUCACGUCCAAGGGCGCAGAGCUUCCAUCCUUCGACGUUAACAGGGUAGCUGAAUACGCGAUCUCACCGAACGACACAGAGGCGUUCGAGGCUCGUCUGGAACUGAUUGCCGCUACCAAGGAGCUUUACGCCCUCUCUCACGGGCCCAAGGACCACGUCCGAAAUCUCUGUUGGGAUGCCCUGGAUCCAUUGUCCCUCCAGGCUAUUUGGACCUUCAGGGUUGCCGAGGCCGUCCCGCUCACUGGCCGUAUUUCGUACGAGGAAGUCACCAAAAAGUGCCAUCAACUGAGCGGAAUCUAUGUGCCCUUAUUCAAUAUGCGACGAUUGGUCCGUCAUGCUAUCACGAACCGCUUCUUCUGCGAGCCGGAAUUGGGAUUUAUUGCUCAUAACCGGGCAUCGCAGCUUCUGCUCGAAGAUGAGACCAUCAACGCCUGGGUAGGGCUGUUUUGUAACGACAUGUGGCCCGCUUUUGCCAGCACCAUCACGGCCAUGAAGAAGUGGCCGGGAAGCGAGGAGCCAAAUGAGACCGGGGUGAACAUUGCCUAUGGUCAUGACCUCAAGUGGUUCGACCACACGUCGCGCAAUCCGCUUGUCGCGGAUAGAUAUAGCAAAAGCAUGAAGGCACAUGGCGGUGGUGUUGGGUUUGAUGUCUCGCACACGGUGACCGGCUAUCCAUGGUCGAACCUGGGCGAGGGGUUAGUCGUCGAUAUGGGUGGUAGUGUCGGAUUUGCCUCGAUGGCAAUUGCUGAGGCAAAUCCGAACCUCAAGUUUGUGGUUCAGGAUCAAGAACAUACGAUUACGGAAGAGGCCAAGGCUGCCGUGCCGGAGCAUUUGAAGUCGCGGGUGAGACUGGAGGCCCAUAACAUCCUCACUCCGCAAACCGUGGAGGCAGAUGUCUACUUCUUCCGCUGGGUGUUCCACGGAUUUGCCGACAAAUAUGCCGUCCAAGUCUUACGGGCGUUGAUACCGGUGCUGAAAAAGGGAGCAAAGGUCGUCAUCAACGACGGUGUCAUCCCCGACCCCGGCACGGUACCCUGGAUGGAAUACCGAAGCAUUAGGUGCAUGGACCUCUUGGGACAAGCGGUCAACAAUACCGGGGAGCGCUCGAUGAGUGACUGGGCCGAACUCUUCACAAAGGCGGAUCCCCGGUUUAAAUUACUGAACGCCUGGAAGCCCCCCAAAAGCACCAUGUGGUUUAUAGAGGCGGAGUGGCAGCCAUGA